AUGACGGACAGCGCCUCUAACAACAGCGUGAGAAAGCAUCAACCUGCGCUUGGCCUGCGUUUGGACUUUGGCUCGCAGCCUUGCCCUCUGUGCUUCGAUUCACUCCUGGCUUGCUCUCUGGAUCAUGGUCAAGAUGUAAAGCUAGUCUCCCGCUUCUCGCAACCUUCUGACAUCACCAUUCGACUUGAACCUGAACUCGAACUUGAACUGAACCCAGACCGAGAAGAAUUCGCAUCAUGGCUGGACGUCGAUCAGCUACCCCUCAAGGAUGACAUUCUCCUCAUGUACGGUCUUCGAUCGCCUCCGGUCAUUGAUAUUAUCCAACUUGAAGACGAUCCAACACUCCCCAUCCUUGUUUGCGCACCCUGCGCCGUGGUGACCGAUAGAGGUAUCUCAUUUGGUAGAGGAAGGAGGCUUGCUGCGGACCGGUAUCUAGCUGGGUAUCAUGUUGGGAUUCUUAAGGAGAAACUGGCUCAUAUGGGGAUCAUUGUAUGCGGGGCCCCAAGCAAAAUCCAACGACUGAUCAGGGGAGGCCCAAUUUCACUGGUUGCGAUCUUCCUUCACUCGAUCGAUGACGAUGAUCUUGGCUCAGGAAACCUAUCCCUAGAGGAGGAUUUGUUGCAGUUGAACUGGUCGGCUUUUACUCCGCCGGCCCACAUUUCAGCAGCCCCCCUCUCACGUUUGCUUGUCUCUCGCUUCAAUAUUGUGCAAACAGACGUCAAAUCUGUUGUUGCCGCUGCCUCAACCCCUAUCCCAAACCACUUGGCUAGACGUUCAUUUGCCAUCAACCAUUCUGAGGAAACAUUUGAAGAAACCUCUUAUGCAGAACCUUUCAAGAAACUGUAUCACUAG